CGGGCGUCCCGGCGAGGGGUUGUGGGGGAGUUCUCCUCUCCCCCAGGAAGCGCCAUGGGCCCCCCCGGACCCCUUCGCACCACCUAGACGUGUCUCCAGCCAGCACCACCACCCCACCCCCAGGGCAGCAGGAUGGCCCAGCAGCGCCACGCCGUCCCCCCGCCACUCAAGACGGAGGAGGAUUACAUCCCCUACCCCAGCGUGCACGAGGUGCUGGGCCGGGAGGGGCCGUUCCCCCUCAUCCUCCUGCCACAGUUCGGGGGUUACUGGAUAGAGGGCACCAACCACCAGCUGAGCGGGACCCCCGACUCGCCCCCCACCCCGGCCCCCGGCACCAGGGCAAAGCUGGAGGGCAACCACACGGCCAAGAUCUACCGCAAGCACUUCCUGGGCAAGGAGCACUUCAACUACUACUCCCUGGACCCGGCCCUGGGCCACCUCGUCUUCUCCCUCAAGUACGACGAGCAGGAGCACCUCCACCUGCUGCUGCGCACCCGUGCCCGCACCCUGCACGACGUGGUGCCCAUCUCCUGCCUGGCUGAGUUCCCCAAUGUGGUGCAGAUGGCCAAGCUGGUGUGUGAGGACGUCAACGUGGAUCGGUUCUACCCUGUGCUCUACCCCAAGGCCUCCCGCCUCAUCCUCGCCUUCGACGAGCACGUGCUCAGCAACCACUUCAAAUUUGGGGUCAUCUAUCAAAAACUGGGGCAGACCUCAGAGGAGGAGCUUUUUGGCACCACGGAGGAGAGCCCAGCCUUCGCCGAAUUCCUCGACGUCCUGGGCCAGCGGGUGCAGCUGCGGGACUUCAAGGGGUUCCGGGGGGGGCUGGACGUGACCCACGGGCAGACGGGCAGCGAGUCCGUCUACUGCCACUUCCGAGACAAGGAGAUCAUGUUCCACGUGUCCACCAAACUGCCCUACACCGAGGGGGACGCCCAGCAGCUGCAGCGGAAGCGCCACAUCGGGAACGACAUCGUGGCCAUCGUCUUCCAGGACGAGAACACGCCGUUCGUGCCCGACAUGAUCGCCUCCAACUUCCUCCACGCCUUCGUGGUGGUGCAGCUGGAGCUGGGGGGCACCCAGGGCACCCUCUACAAGGUCUCGGUCACUGCCCGUGACGACGUGCCCUUCUUCGGCCCUCCGCUGCCCGACCCCGCCGUCUUCAGGAAGGGCCCUGAGUUCCAGGAGUUCCUGCUGACGAAGCUCAUCAACGCCGAGUACGCCUGUUACCGGGCUGAGAAGUUCGCCAAGCUGGAGGAGCGGACGCGGGCGGCGCUGCUGGAGACGCUGCACGAGGAGCUGCAGGCCCGCAGCCAGGCCAUGCUGGGGCUCGGCCCCGACGACGAGCGCCCCGACAACGGCGCGGCCGCCCCGGGCUUCUUCGAGUCCUUCAAGUCGCUGCUGGUGCCCGGGAGCCGCCGGGGACGCCGCGGCAGCGCCAUCGGGCUGGGCUCGGUGGAAGAGGCGCUGCUGGUGCCCGGGAAGAGCCCGUCCCGGCGGCGGCCCGGCCCGCUCGGCUCCCGCCGCUCCAGCGCCAUCGGCAUCGAGAGCAUCCAGGAGGCGCCGGCCGGCAGGGACGGCCCCGCCGCCCCCGAGGGCUCCGGCUCCACUCACAGCUCCCCCGAGAGCCGCCGGCACCACGACAGGGCCGAGAAGCCGGAGCCGCCGGAUUUCUCCCGCUCCUCCUCCAGUGCCAGCAGCUUCGGCAGCGCCGCUGAGGAGCCCGAGCCGGGCCGGGAGAGCCGCUCACCCUCGGGAACCCACCGCAACGCCUUCCCCGAAACCCCCUGGCCGGAUGACCCCCCCGGGACCCCCCCAGGCCGCCGCCCCCCCGACUCCCCCUGCCCCGAGAUCAAAAUCCAGCUGGAGCAGCCCCCCCAUAAUCCGGGCUCAUAGUCACCCCCCCACCCGCGGGGGGGUCACCGCUUCGCCCCCCCAUUCCCUCCGUGUGCCACCCCCAUGCCAGGAGCUGAAGCCAUCGUCCCCGGUGCAGGAUUUGGGGGGACCCCCCCAAAAAUGGGAGUGUCCCCCCCUCCAGACAAUCUCUGUCACCCCAAAUACCCCUCGGGGGAGGGAGGGUGAUGCACCACAAAGGGGCCCCCCUCUGCCGUGACCCCAAAAUGAGGAGCGGGUCCAACCCCAGCAUCACCCCCUUCCUACAAAAGAAAUGGGGGGCUCAAAUCCAGGGUAACCCCAAAGUGGGGCUCCCCCUCCCCACCUUUAUUUUAAGGGAGAAAAGCUCCGGAAUGGGUCGGAGGCUGGAACUGGGGGGAGGAUUAUUUUUUCACACCUCCCCAACUCGUGUUUGUGUUUCCUGUGAGUCCUGUAUAAAAUAAAGGUUUAUUUAUCGCUA